AUGUCUUCGGCUCCUAUAACAAUUGUAGCAAUCUAUUUUAAAGCAAUUGUUAUUGUUGCUGGCAAUCCAUUAGCUUCAAUUUUGAAUGGUUUAGCCUCCCAAGUGAUGCCUCAAAAGACCGUAGAUACCUCAAAUGAGCCUCAAAAGACCGUAGAUACCUCAAAUGAGCCUCAAAAGACAGUAGAUGCCUCAAAUGAGCCUCAAAAGACAGUAGAUGCCUCAAAUGAGCCUCAAAAGACAGUAGAUGCCUCAAAUGAGCCUCAAAAGACAGUAGAUGCCUCAAAU